GAAACUCCGAAGCGAGAAGCACGCCAGGAAAGAUUAGUUAUAUAAUACUAUAAAUUGUUGCUGUUGCCAUCUCCCUCCACCUCAGUAACCGUCAGCCUGGAGGAGAAGAGAGAAGCGGUUAUCCACGGCCCGAGUAUGGCUAGUGGCAUGAUUUUGGCUGGCCUAGGCCUGGCCACUGUGGGCUUUGGCGCUCGCUUUGUUCUUCGCACAAUGCCCAACUUGGGAAAGAAGAUGGCUGAUGCAGUUACCAACAUGCCAAAGCUGGAUAGUAAGAGUCUGGCUAACAGUCGAUAUUACAAAGGAGGAUUUGAACCCAAGAUGACAAAGAGAGAAGCUGCUCUAAUUUUAAACAUUUCCCCUAAUGCCAACCAGCAGAAAGUUAGAAUGGCUUACAAGAAGAUGAUGCUGACAAACCACCCAGACAGAGGAGGAUCUCCAUACAUUUCAGCCAAGCUCAGCGAAGCAAAAGAUCUCUUGGACAAAUAAAUACACCCCAGAAUGCAAACUUUGCCUUCCCUCAUAGCUAAAAGUUUACUCAUAUACCUGUUGUUGCAUUAGAUUUUACUAGUACAAAACCAAGGUACUUGGAUAAGGGGGAUGUGGGAUCAAUUCAUAGUAACUGGCUGCAAUACAUAACUUGUGUUAUACUGAUGGCAAUGACAUAUUUGGAUAUAUAAUUGAUAAUGUCAAGUGACUGAUUAUAUCAUAAACAUUAGAUCAUGUUCAUUCAGUCAUUUAAGUGUUCUGUGAUUCUACAUACAGCAGUGUUAUAUUGUAAAGAUAACAUUCUCAUUGAUUAUGGUUGAAGAUAAAAUGUUUUCAUAAUAUGACCUGAAUUUACAGUAACUUGUAUGUUAUUAGCACAUGCUGAAGACAUCAGACUGGAUCUCCAGAUGAAAUGUUGAAAUUGAAAUAUUGGUGUUAUAAGGUUUGAAAUGUAGUUCCAGAUGUUUAUUGUAUGCAAUGGGUAAAUGUUUAUUAAAGGGAUAAAAUAUCUUGAUAUUACAUUUCACUUUUAUGUUAAAAUGUAAUUGUAAAUAUAUUUUUAGAUAUAUUUA